UUUAAAACAAAUGGGACAGUCAUCACCUGAUGAAACCAGUGUUAAAUUCGUGGCUAGCAAUGGCUGGUUUGAAAAAUUCAAAAAACGCCAUUCCUUGCACAACAUACACAUACAAGGGGAAAAGGCCUCUGCGGAUGAGGAUGCAGCAAAAAAAUAUCCAGCAGAACUAGCAGAUAUUAUUCAAACAAAGGGUUAUUUGGCUGACCAAGUGUUUAAUGCUGAUGAAACAGGAUUAUCAUGGGAAAAAAUGCCUAGCAGGACCUAUAUCUCAAAAAAUGAAAAAACCGCUCCUGGCUUUAAAGUUUCCAAAGAUCGCAUAACUCUACUUCUAUGCAGUAACGCGUCUGGUGAUUUUAUUACCAAGCCAAUGCUCAUUCAUCGAUCACUAAAUCCAUGCUCGAUGAAACAGUGCAACAAUUACGACCUUCCAGUGUAUUGGAGAGACAACAAAAAGGCAUGGAUGACUGGCCAUUUAUUUAAGAAUUGGUUCCAUAAUUGUUUUGUUCCGGAUGUAGAAAAUUAUUUAAAAAAGAAGAACUUAGCAUUCAAAGUCCUACUAAUCUUAGAUAAUGCGCCCUCACAUCCAAUUGAUUUAAAUCAUUCCAAUGUUGAGAUUGCAUUUUUACCAGGCAACACCACUUCAUUAUUGCAACCCUUGGAUCAAGGAAUCAUAGCGGCUUUUAAAUCAUACUAUAUCCGUAAAUCAUUUGAACUAAUUUUGGAGAAAAUAAAUUCUACAGAUAUUACAGUCAGUGAAGUUUGGAAACAAUUUUCAAUUUUAAAUUGUGUAGAAGUUAUCGGCUCGUCCCUAAAAGAAAUUCGUCAAUCGACUCUAAAUGCUUCUUGGAAAGCUUUAUUACUGGAAAUGGUCAGUCAGGAAAAUGUUGUUGAGCCAAUUCAGCGUGAAUAUGAUAACAUAGUAAGCCUUGCACACGCAAUAGGAGGCGAUGGAUUCACUGAAAUAACUGUUGAUGAUAUUCUAGAAUUAGUUACGGAAAAUGAAAUAAACGAAGCAGAUUUGGUAACAGUUAUAUCCGAAACAUUAGCGAUUGAAGAUAAUUUUGAAGAUCUUUUCAAUGAAGAAAUCAAAAACUUCACUCCGAAAGGUAUAGAAAAACGUUUGGACAUGGCGAAACAGAUGGAAUCUUACUUUUUAGAGAACGAUCCUCUGCCGGAGAGAGCGGAACUAUUUAAAAGAAAUCUUCAAAAUUGUUUAUCUGCCUAUCAAGAAAUUUAUAAAGAUUUGCAAAGCAAGAGCAAACAAUCUCUAAUGACAGAUUUUUUAAAACCUAAACCUACCGGAAGUGCAAUGGAACUUGUCGAUGAAACAAGCUCAGAUCUUGAAAUAAGGCCAGUCAAACGUUCUCGAACAACUAUAAUAGGUGACGAUGAGGACUAAAUUUGUGAGCAUAACAUUGUUUCUUUUUGAUUUUGACUUAAAAUCAUAAUCUUUUUCGUUUUUAUAUGAUGUUUAAUUUUAUUUAAGUUUUUU